AUGUCCGCCGAAGAAGUGAAUAACAACGUUGCAAAUUUGAAUAACGAAAUUGAAGAAGAAGAAGAAUACAUAGAUGUUAAUGAAGUUGCUGAAGAAGUCGUCGAUGAUGAUCAACAGCAAGUUCCACCUGAAGAUGAUGACGAAGAUGAAGAGAUGGAUAUAGACGAAGAACAAGAAACUAUAGAGAUUGACAUGUCAAAUAACUCAUGGACUUAUUUUGAUCAACAUAAAGAUAGUAUAUUCACUGUUUUUGCCCAUCCAAAAUUGCCAAUGGUUGUAACUGGUGGUGGUGAUAACACAGCUUAUUUAUGGACUACACAUACACAACCACCAAGAUUUGUUGGUGAACUUCAGGGACAUAAAGAAUCUGUUAUUUCAGGUGGUUUCACAGCAGACGGAAAAUUUGUGGUAACUGCAGAUAUGAAUGGAUUUAUUCAAGUGUUCAAAGCAACCAAAGGUGGUGAAAAAUGGGCUAAAUUUUCUGAAUUGGAUGAGGUUGACGAAGUCUUGUUUGUCACAGUACACCCAUCAUUGCCAUAUUUUGCAUUUGGUGCAACCGAUGGAUCCAUUUGGGUAUAUCAAAUAGAUGAAUCUAACAAACUGUUGGUACAAAUCAUGUCAGGUUUUUCCCAUACUUUAGAAUGUAAUGGUUCAGUGUUCAUACCAGGUAAAGAUGAGAAUGAUUUGACCUUGGUUUCUAUAAGUGAAGAUGGUACCAUUGUAAAUUGGAACUGUUUCACUGGUCAAGUCAACUAUAAAUUGCAACCACAUGAUGAUUUCAAAGGUGUUGAAAGUCCGUGGGUCACCAUCAAAGCACAUGGACACCUUCUUGCUGUUGGUGGUAGAGAUGGUCAAUUGGCCAUUAUAAAUAAUGACACUGGUAAAAUUGUCCACUCCCUCAAGACUUUGGAUAACGUUGAUGAUAUCGCUGAAUUAUCCAUCGAGGCUUUGAGUUGGUGUGAAAACAAAAACAUUAAUCUAUUGGCCGUUGGUUUGGUUUCUGGUGAUAUCUUACUUUUUGACACCCAACAAUGGAGAUUAAGAAAGAAUUUGAAAGUUGAUGAUGCCAUUACCAAGUUACAGUUUAUAGGUGAAACACCAAUUUUGGUUGGAAGUAGUAUGGAUGGUAAAAUCUACAAAUGGGAUGCCAGAACUGGUGAACAACUUUUCGCAGGUGUUGGUCACAACAUGGGUGUGUUGGACUUUGCAGUAGUUGAAAAUGGUAAAAAAUUAGUUACUGCUGGGGAUGAAGGUGUUUCAUUGGUAUUUUUGCAUGAAUAA